AACGAGUGCGCAAAGCCCUCAAGGAGGCAGAGGUGUUCACCCCGGUCCGUAGCCUCACGCUCACGCAGGACGAGGCCGAAGCUGCCGCAGAGCGGGUCAGGGGUGUUUCGGAGUGGUUGCCUCGGCUCUCUGCGGUCCUCCGGGAAGCGCCGCCGCGCGUGUUCGACGAGCAGACGGUUCGGCACGUGCGGGGAUUGGCCGUGCCGGAGGACAAGGGCGGCGUGCGAGAGUGUCGGCCGGGCUGCGAGUGCCGAGAUCGUUUGGAGUUCAGGGAGGGGUCGGAGGAGGAGCUCGAGAGUGCCGCGCAGGCCGUGAAACGGUGCGCGGAGCCACCGCCGGUCACGGACGUCGAGCGAGGGGAGCGAGAUUACGCCAGCAGGAGGGGUAAGGGCUUCGACGCGCAUCCGAAGGUGGACUUGUUUAGCACGGCCGAGCAGCCGGCGGACUCGUUCGAGGAGGGUUCGGUUCCGGUGUGCGUGGAGUGCGUGGGGUUGUGUGUGCACGGGGAUAGCGGACCAUCGCAAUCGGCUCCGGUGCUCAGCCUCUUCGCCAAGGGCGUGCAGCGAACGGUGCCCAGGGUCCUCCGAGCGGACGAACGGGUCCACGACCCCGUGAUCAUUGCUCUGAGGAACCCACUGCGGUUGAGCCAGAUGGGGUACUCCGACUUUAAGGAGUUGGGCGCUGGGGGCAGACUCCUAGCCCCCUGCCCGAAAGCCCCACCACCUUGUCUCACGACGUGGAGGCUCACGCCGGAGAAGGGCGUCACUAUCUACGACGCGCAGUGGACCCUCGAGACGCAGGUGUACCACUACACGUGCGAUUGCGACAAGAGGCACACGGUCCACUUUGACGGCGAGCACCUGAAGCUGUACACCCACAGCAGGGGCAUCAUCCUGACCCAGCGGUGCUGCGAGACGUUGCUGGCGGGCCUGCAGGGUGGGAGCAACUUCAGCCGACAGAGCAAUCUGUUCAAGGGCGUGAGCUCGAAGUUCGGGCCAUCCCCGAGGCUCGAUGAGGGAAGGUUGCGAGAGGCCGCCAUGGGCUACUUUGCGCUGAAGCAGAAGCACGAGGAGCCGCGCUGUUGUUCCCUCUGCGGGCCUCGUCCCGAGUAUCUGAUAUGCGACGGGCUCUUUGGGUUGGCGAACAAGGACGGCAGCGAGCGCAAGGGGGGCAUUGCUUCCACUACGCAGAACAAGCGAGCCACUUUCACUCAUCCGGACAAGAGGAAAGGCACGUCGGGAAACGACGUGCCCUUCCAGAAGACGCGAACCGCGGGCGUGCACUAUUCGGGGGUCAGCCCGGGCGGCCUGUACGUAGUGAGGCGGGUGGUUCCGGAGCCCAACCUUCGGAUGCUGCUGGCGCGCUUGAGCCAGCAUCGGCCGUCCGCUCAGCACGACCCCGAUGAGGGGCCGAACAAUCCUCCUACAAGGGGUCGGCCUUUAGACGUGAACGACUACUACGGUGUGCUGCUGGGGGGUCUGACGGCGAAGGGGCACGUUGCGAUGCGACGGUUGGUCGAGGGGAUCGAGGCCGAGGCAGAAGUGGGGCAUUCGCCCGGGAGAAUCUUGAUCGAAUUCCCCGAGCGGUGGAAAGAGAUCAUGUACGAUCUCAACAGCCACGACGAGGACUGUAAGAUCCUGCAGACGAAAAGCGCCCUCAGGGUGGCUAGACGGAUCCUGCUCGGCGAGUUGGUCACCGAGCAGGAUCGGCUGGAUUGGGGGGAAGACAGCCCGAUCCUGCGCCGGCUCCUCGAUUCGUACGAGGGACGGUUGCCGUGGUUCUUCAUGGGCGUGUUGAAGGUGCUGUACAGGUCGAGCAUUUAUGGGAGAGGGGGCAUUGCGUAUCCCAAGUGGACCGGAGAGGCGUGGCGGAUCUUCCAUGACGCGUCGUGGUGGUGUGGCCACCCGAACCCACCCCCCCCAGAUCCCGAGAAAAUAGCGGCGGCGCAUAAGGCGAUGGAGGCGCUCGAACUUUUGUCCCUCGAUGCGGAGCUGCUGGGCGACGCCGAGCGGGCGCUGCUCUCGGAGAAUUUGGGGAUGACGGGGCCGCCGCUGAAUGAGUUCACUUCGGACGGGGAGGACCUGUGCUGGUACCCGUUUUGGGAGAAGAAGCGGCCGCUGCCUUUCUACCCGGAAUUCGAGAAGGAGAGCGGAAUUUCUAGGACGGCCGAGGCUCGGUGUGCGGGGAACGCGUCUGCGGACAAUCAGCAGAAAAAGCUGCCUCACACCCGCGGGCUAUACGUGUGGUGCUGCCCGCAUCGAGUACUCUACGGCAUCCACAUCAUGCUGCGGGGAGAGAGCCCCAGGGAUCCGUUCGCGGUGCUGUACACCCGCUUCAACCGAGACGAGCUGCCGCGGGUGCUGAUCAACGACUGCUCCUGUUCGGAUCAGAAUUACUGCUUCAGGAGGGAGCCCACGUUCUUUUCGAACGUCCGCUUCGUCAUCGACAAGUUCCACUAUGGAAAAGCGGAGGGAGAGAUCCACCUCUGCGGGCCCACGAACAGCAGUCAUUACUACAGUCUGCUGACCCAUGUGAACACGAGCGCUUGUGAGAGCGUGAACAAUUUCCUCAACCGCUUCACCACGAUCGGGUGGUUUUCGAAGCUGGAGAACAUGAUGAUUCUUCUGCCCUUACUGAUAACCGCUUACAACGCGGAUUUGAGUAGAGUAGACGAUCACACGAUCAGGACAGCGUGUAGACGUAGCGUAUGGACUUCCGACAUUAGAGACUUGGUGUUUCUGCAAUACUAA